AUGUCAGGCAGUGCAGGCUAUGACAGGCAGAUUACGAUCUUUUCGGAUCAGGGCAGAUUAUACCAAGUUGAAUAUGCCUUCAAAGCCAUUACUGCAGCAAAUAUCAUGUCCGUUGGGGUGAGAGGAAAGGAUUGCGCGGUGGUGUUGUCACAAAAGAAAGUCCCCGACAAGCUCAUCGACCCUUCUUCCGUCUCUCACAUCUUUCAGCUAUCGCCAUCCGUCGGCUGUGUGAUGACUGGAUCCAUCGCAGAUGCCAGAGCUUUUGUGCAGAGAGCUAUUGGGGAAGCCGCGGAAUUCAGAUAUAAAUUUGGAUACGAGAUGCCUUGUGAUGCUCUAGCAAAGAGAAUUGCGAACAUCAGCCAGGUCUACACUCAAAGGGCUUAUAUGCGUCCAUAUGGCGUUGCGACCACGCUGAUAUCAUUGGAUUCUGAGUAUGGACCUCAACUAUACAAGUGUGACCCCGCAGGUUACUACACGGGAUACAAGGGUACGGCGUCUGGCCCUAAGCAGCAGGAGGCAUUCAACCACCUGGAGAAGAAGCUCAAGAACAAGGAUGCAGCUGAUGGCACCUGGGAGGAUGUCGUGGAGCUCGCAAUUACUACGUUGAGCACGGUCCUUAGCGUGGACUUCAAGAAGGGCGAACUAGAGAUUGGAAUUGUAGGGGGGCCAAGAACGGAUGGGAAGGAGGGCACCGACCCGGGCUUCAGAGCUCUGACGGAGGAGGAGAUUGAUGAGAGGUUACAAGCAAUUGCGGAUAAAGACUAG